AUGUCGGGCAGCGUCCGUGUGCGCAGGCAGCCCUCCCCGCCGGGCAAGCUCUCCUCCCAUCCCACUCCUCGCUUCCCUCACCCUCGCCACGACCACCUUGACGCCGACGAGCGUCGCGAAGCCGUCUCCAAAGGUCUACGACCAGGUCGCAAGGCCCAUGCCACCGGUGGCCUUAAUCUCUCCUCCGGGGAAUGGAAGCUACUUGUCGUAGUGCUCCUCAUUGCCUGCGCUGUCCGUCUCUUCCGUAUCUCCCAACCCACCAGUAUCGUUUUCGACGAGGUGCACUUUGGCAAGUUCGCGUCAAGGUAUAUCAAGUCCGCCUACUUCGUCGAUGUCCAUCCUCCCCUUGCGAAGCUCCUCAUUACUCUCGCUGGCUGGCUCUUCGGUUAUGAUGGCAACUUUGACUUCAAGGACAUCGCAAAAGUAUACGAGCACGUACCUUAUGUCGCGAUGCGCAUGGUCCCUGCAAUCAUGGGCAUUGCGACUAUCCCUCUAGCUUACCUCACUCUCCGUGCUCUCGACUGCCGUGUCACCACCGCCCUCCUCGCCUCGCUCUUCAUCACCUUCGAAAACGGCUUGAUUACCCAGUCCCGCCAUAUCCUCCUCGACUCCCCUCUCAUCUUUUUCACCGCCCUCACCACCUUCGCAUGGACGGCCUUCUGUAACGAAGAUCACUAUGAGCCCUUUACCGAGUCUUGGUGGAUCUGGCUCUCCAUGACUGGUCUCUCCCUUGGUGCCGUGGUCAGCUGCAAAUGGGUCGGACUCUUCACCAUUGCCACCAUCGGCCUGGGAACUCUCAAGCAGCUCUGGACGCUCCUUGGCGACCUACGCGUCUCGCCCAGCCUCUGGAUCAAGCACUUCAUCGCACGCGCUAUCUGCUUGAUUCUCAUCCCAAUGAUCUUCUACAUGUCCAUGUUCGGCAUCCACUUCCUCAUCCUGUCCAACUCUGGUGAGGGCGAUGGCUUCAUGAGCUCUGAAUUCCAGCACACGCUCCGGGGUCGCGGCAUGGCCGACACGUUCGCCGACGUCGCGUUUGGCUCUGAGAUUACUCUUCGUCACGUCAACACGCAGGGCGGAUACCUACACUCGCACGUUCACACUUACCCCGGAGGCAGCAAGCAGCAGCAGGUCACCCUGUACCCGCAUCGUGACACGAACAACGACUGGCGCAUCGUUAACGCUACCGCGCCCGGAGACCCGUACACUGCCUGGCAGGACGACGGCAUCACCUACGUCACCGAGGGUGCUCGCGUCAAGCUCCGGCACAUCCAAACCGAGAAGUCGCUGCACUCUCACGAUAUUCGCCCGCCCGUCUCCGACGUCGAGUUCCAGAACGAAGUCUCUGGCUACGGCAUCCCCGGCUACUCUGGUGAUGCGAACGACGACUGGAUUGUCGAGAUACACAAGGGGGACAGGCGCGACCGGGAGUCGUCGAAGCGCGUCAGGACGCUCAGGACGCAGUUCAGGCUGAAGCACCCCAUGACGGGCUGCUACCUGUUCUCUCACAAGGUCAAGCUCCCGGAAUGGGCGUUCGAGCAGCAGGAAGUUACAUGCAACAAGCAAGCAGUCAUGGCCAACUCGCUGUGGUACGUUGAGACCUCCACCCACCCGAACCUGCCCGCGGAUGCGCCGAAGGUCAACUACAAGCUACCCGGCUUCUUUGCGAAGUUCUGGGAGCUGCAGCAAGUCAUGUGGACGACCAACGCCGGCCUUACUGACCGCCACACGUACGACUCUCGUCCCGAUGCAUGGCCCCGUCUUCGCCGCGGCAUCAACUUCUGGGUAAAGGACCACCGCCAGAUCUACCUGCUCGGUAACCCGAUCGUCUGGUGGCUCAGCACCGCUGCGGUCUUUGCGUACGCAGCCGUACGAGGCUUCCUCGUGCUCCGUGCCAAGCGUGGCUACCGCGACUUCGACAACACGAAAGUCGUCAAGUACGAUACGCUCUGCGGCUUCCUCUUCGUUGGAUGGGCGCUGCACUACCUGCCGUUCUACUUGAUGGGCCGUCAGCUGUUCCUGCACCACUAUCUGCCCGCGCUCUACUUCGCUAUCCUCCUAGCGUCGAGCGCGUUCGAUCUGGUCACCUCUACCCUCCGUCCUCGCAUCCGCCUGCAAAUUGCCGCCGUGCUGCUCCUCCUAGCGAUCUGGAACUACUCCUACUUCAGCCCGAUCACCUACGGGCUGCCGUGGACGAAGGCGAAGUGCCACAAGGCGCAGUGGUUGAAGACGUGGGACUUCUCCUGCAACGACUUCCUCGACGACGUAAGUUAG